UCUCGACAGCACAAACAAUGCUGGCCCAACGAAUCUUGGCCCGCCGCCUGCCUCAGGUGGCCGCCCGGCACACCGUGCCUCGUGCCUCAUUCUCCCAGGUCCGGAGUCUUGCGGCUGCGGAGGCCGAAGACCCAUUGCAGAACGGCAACUACCAGAACCCGCCCCGUGUUAAGCGCGCCUUCAGAGACCCUUAUGGCGAUUGGUGGGACAAGCAGGAGAGACGAAACUUUGGCGAGCCUGUCCACGAGGAGAACGAGAUUCUUGGUGUCUUCAGCCCCGAACAAUAUACCCACGUCACAGCUCGCAAGGGUCUCUUCCAGCUCGGAGCGUUCGUUGUUACCUUCCUGGGAGUGUGCAGCGUCGUCAGCCUAUUCUACCCUGACAGGCCCAGCGUCCCCAGAACCUAUCCCGACGGCUUGGAGAAAGAGCUCGGAGGACCGGGUGCUGCUCCGGCUCGUAAGCCCACUGAGGCCAGCUGGUGAGCAGAUCUACAUGGUGUGUACAUAAAUACAAUACGAAUUAUUUCUCUCGGCGCCCAUGGCGGUGUUCUUUAGUCGAUGCUGGUGGAGAGGGCUCGUCCUGGUGACCGGGCGUGCGGAAGUAUUUUCCAGGCUCUGAUAUCUACGGCAUCUCCCUUGCUGAUGCACACUUACGGUGGGGUGGGGGUGUUUAGAGUGUCGAGCGCGAACUCCAUAUACGGGGAGGAAGAAUCAUAUAAUCAUGAUCCAAGGGUCCAAACAGGCGAUUAGGGAGGAGACCACCGGGAAAGGUGAUCAGGGAAAAAGAACACUCGAGUCUGCUAUAUCUGAGGAUACUCUGCAAUGG